GGUCAUAGCCCUUUAUUCACUUCUUGUUGCAUACUUCCUCGUUGUCGCAUCCUAGAUAAUACGGCGGAGUCUCUCAGGAUCACUGUCCGUACAUACAUUCCUCGCCCGCUCUCAGGGAAGAGCUCCGGAGAGCUCCAGCGGCAGGCGCGAUGGUUGCACCACGAAAAGCGGCCCUCGCGGAGGAGAGCGCAGAGGUCGAGGUGCUGUUCGCCAACAUGGAGAAGCUGAAAGGCUUGACGAAGAGGAUCCAGGGCUCGUUGAAUCGCUUGGAGACCAGUGGCAAGAAUGUUCAGGACGCGAUAGGGCCCAUCUAUGGGAACACGCAGAAACUACAGACGACCAACUCGAAUAUCGACAGAAUCAUCGAGGCUAUAGAUAGGAUACGAGAGCCCCUGGACCAGCGCAACCGCGAAGAGCGCAUCAUUCGCGCCGGACCAAGAAAAGUCCCCCUCCAAGAUUACAUGGCCUCCCUCGACCGAACCACCCAGGCCUUGGCCGACCUCCGUCGCUCCAACCUCCGGUCGAACCAACAAGCAGUAGCGGAACUGAGCACUCUGUUGAAAACUGGUACAAAACAGCUGGAGGAAAUAUUCCGGGAGAUUCUCCAGGAGGAUGCACGAACCGUGGAGCCUCUACACUACAUAACUAAGCAGCUUCCAUUUCCUACCCUUGCAGAAGACCGACUGUCUAGAUUGCGACUCAUAAGUGCCCAUGUCUCGGCGUCGUUUGCUCAAAUGUCGCAGACGGACGUGAGAGAGACCCCAACAGAAAGAAUCUAUGCCGAAAUCCGGGGAGACUACCUAACCAAAUCAUUGAGCAAUUUGGCAGCCGCUUCGGUGACGACGGCCAGGAAAACCACUGCAGAUGCAAUAUACCGACAGGGAACAAAUGCCAUUGGUACGUACGCCCAGGGUAUCGAAGGGAUAUAUUUGGCCGAGUACGACAAUCUUUGUCCGAUUUUCUCUCGCGAAGAGUGGGCCAAGGUGUACCCGUCCACCUGCCAGAGCUCCUUGAAUGAAUUCACGAAGACGUUGCGCGAACUAAAUACCCACAUACAGAAGAAUCUAAUGACAGACUGCUUUCUUGGGUAUGAAAUUAUCGAGAUUGUAUCAACGCUCUCUAUCAGGCUGGAAACCAAGACGGGGGAGCUCAAGCGCCCUAUCGCAGACUCCCUGAAACCUAUCCGGGAAACAUGCAAAGCGUCACUCCCAAAGCUGCUCGAAGACACACGAUCACGCGUACAAACUCUCAUCGCGUUGCCAAUGGACGGUGGUCCCGUUUCACUCACGAACGACACCAUGACUAAGUUGCAGACAAUGACUGGGUAUUUGUCUCCACUGUCAUCCAUCAUGACUUCGCUAGGAGAUGGCGGUUGGUCGACCAGUUCAGCCUCGACCUCGUCAACAUCAAUUCCCACGAUAAAGUCGUUCGACGUUGGCGCCGAUGGUCGACAGCUCUUCGCCCACUACGCUUCCGACAUGCUAGAGACUCUGUUGUCUAAUCUAGAAAUCAAGUCGAGGACAUUGCUCAAGGGCAGGGGCCUGCAAGGCGUAUUCCUUUCCAACAAUGUGGCGAUUGUUGAUCGGAUGAUUCGAUCAUCAGAGCUGCAAGCCCUCUUGGGCAGCUAUGCGCCCAAGCUCGAGCUUUGGCGGAAGAAGGCAACCGCGACAUAUCUCGAGCCGUGGCGAGAGCCAUCUGCAUAUCUCCUUGACGUCCAGUACACCAACCGUAGCGGCCGGCCGCACUCUGGGGGAGCAACGACUACCGACUCGGCUCAGAUCGUCAAGGGUCUGAGCUCCAAGGACAAGGACGCGAUCAAGGAGAAGCUCAAGAACUUCAACACCAGCUUCGAAGAGCUCCUUUCGCGACACAAGAGCUACAAGCUAGAGAGGGAGGUGCGGUCCCAGCUAGCGCGGGAUGUGCAAAACGUUAUCGAGCCACUGUACGGACGCUUCUGGGACCGGUAUCACGAAAUCGAUAAGGGCAAGGGCAAGUACAUCAAGUAUGAUAAGAGCCAACUCGCGUCGACGCUGGCUGGGCUGGGCUGAUUGCGGGGGUAUUUGCUAUACACCGGUCGCGGCGUUUGGAGCGACUGGAUGGUGAAAUGCAGGGCUGCAUGCUAUUGGAUAUACCAUUGUCGUUACUAUGUAGUCUUCGUUAGCUUGGCGUCAGGCGCUAUGCAGUGUAUUGUGGUCGUCUGCACGAGUUGCUGGGGAUCGAUCAGGGUGGGUUUCAUUCGCAGCGAACUCUGGGAGCGAAUAGUAUUACCUAUAGCCUGAAGGACAGUCUUGCUCUCACAGGCGAAUGAGCUUCUCGCGAUACUGGGUAGACCUUGACAUGUCGCAGCCACUGUGAUCGAAUCUGGGGCCGGUGCACGUGAGGAACCAGAGAGUGACACGUAGAGGAA